AAACUACAUGUAGGCGCAUCUCCUGCUAGUUAGUUCACGAAGGCUUGUCGCUUCCCGAAACUUGGAAAAACUCUUGAGCUGCUGGGGCUACCCCACAGCCACCGAUGUUUCUAUUUUUGUAUACGCCCAUUCUCCAGACCAGCUCCAGACCGUGGCCAGAGACCUUGAAAACUACCAAAACAGGCUUAUCGCGUCAGUGUACCGCAGCUUUCCCUCCGCACACACGGACUCUCUGUGUUGUCAUUCCUGGGCCCGGAUUAUUUUGUUGUGUGCCGUGAACUGCUUUGUUGUAGGCCUACAAAGGGCCAAGUUGGCUAAGUUAAAAGCUAAAAGAAUAAAUCACCUGUUGUUCCACAGUUACAGUUACCAGUAUCCUAGAUCGUUAAGUGCAUAGAUUGGUAUAGUUGUUGAUAUUGGAGUAUUCUGCGGAUUUGUUUUCCUACAUAUUUUGCGGUAGGCUAGGUUUCGGUUCUCUUCACUCUCUCAGCGGAGUUUUUAUUUCUUUUUUAUUUAGUCCCAUUAUAUUCUGUUCCAUUCGCAACUGUAAACAGUAUCUGGAAAAAGACAGCCAUACAAUGAGUAAAAACAGCUUCAGAACAUCGAACCUCCAAGAUUUAUCAAGCAGCCCCAUCCUGCCUCUGAUCCCAAGUGGCUCGCCGCCCGCUAUGUCUUUCAACGGAGACUCCACAGACAGAGUUCCAAACGGCGCCAUCAAAAGUGGGAACCUCAGCCUCCACAAUUACCACAACAACAACAACAACAACAAUGACCCAAGCUGUCCGCCACCACCUGCUCACCGGAAAGUUCCUGUUAUUUUCACGAAGAAGGCAUCUGUUAAUAUGAACCCAAUGCCUGAUGAUGAUAAGGCGCUUCAUGGUCCCACAACUGCGACAACAACUUCAUAUCAAGAUACGAAAGAAAGGGAGACAUAUGACCAUGAUCCAUACCUUACUCCAUCUGACCCUCCUUUCUAUAUGGAAUCCAGUUUCUCUUCCCUGAAUGAUUAUCCACAAAGCCCGACUAGUGAGGCUAGUGGCUUCUCAGAUAACCUGAAGAUGAGAGGAAGACGAAGUCAAAGAUUUGAUUCAGGUGUAGAGGACUGUGAUUCUUUGAGAGGCUCCAAGACCGGCCUGGCCAGCUCAAUGCCCGCUGCCACAUCUUCUGCGUCUUCUUACCCAAGACUGUCCACUCACUAUGAGCAGCACUACGAAGACAUAGACCAGUACAGAGGAAAUAACAAACCCAUCCAAAGAAGUAGCACAGACAAAACUGCUUUGAGCAAUGACUUCCGAACUCCAAAUGAGUUGCUGAGACUUCCACAAGUGAAUAUUGCAGGAAUCACACACUCUGACAGUGAAGAUGGGGAUCAUAUUCAACCUGCCUCCAUUGCUGAGAUGGUAUCAUGUCCAACAAGGGGUCAGCAAACCUCAAAUCGUGAGGUCUACUCUCCAUCUGAGUCUCACCUGUACUCACCCUUGGAAGGACACAAGCCAGUCCCACUUGGGACGUCCUCAUCCCCCGGGCGUGGAGCAUGUUGCUGUCUUGCUUUUGCCCUUCUCAUCCUUUUCUGCAUUUCCAUGGCAGCUUUGGGUAUCAGCAUUUAUUUACUGUUGAACAAUCAAAACGGAAAUGAAGCGAGAGCCCUACCCUCCACAUUCAGCACAUCAUCAAUACCUUCCGUCAGCAGCGACAACACUCUUCAACAGCUCAAGGAAGAAAUCAAUUUGCUCAAAGCUGAGAACUAUGAACUCAGAGAACUUGUAAGAGAUCACAAAUUAAACUUGAGCCUUAAAAUUCAGCCAUUGGAGCAGGAUGUGUCCUAUCUUGUGUCCAAGCAAGACAACUUCAGCAGCACUCUUCACUCUGUGGAAACAAGAUUAGAGACACAGAUAGCUGAGAUCUCUCUUAAACCUGGACCACAGGGUAGGCCAGGUGUAGCAAAUUUUUCGCUGUGCAGCUUUCAUCAAUUCAUCAAGUCAGCACCUUCGUCAUCCUCUCGUUUCACUGACACUGACUAUUAUCCUAAUGAAGAGAUUUUAAAUAAAACAUUUGUCAUUUUUGCCUAUUGUUCCUACAACGGAGCAACAUCUGUCCAGUUGGAGAGCAAGAAAGUUUCAGAGCAUUACCAAUACCGUUGUGUGUGCAGAGGUUACGCGGGAGAAACUUUGACACGCUGUGGCAUCCAUUACUGGGCAUGUCCAAGGGAACAGUAAGAAAAAGAGAAAAGUGCAAUGGAUUCACCAUGUCUCCCAACAUUCUUCCACAAGUGAAGAAACGGAUGCAUAUGAUCAUGAUUUGCCACCCAUUUAGCUGUUCAAAGGCACUAAAAAAAACCAGGUAUUAUCCAGGUCUUGUCUUGUCACUGGUAUGUUAAAGUUGAGAAAGUCUAUAGUGACUAUACAGAUUAAGAUGAGUUCUAACGUCUUAUGGAACUGGACUUUUGUCGGCUUGAAGAUGAAGCACAACAAUCUCAAUUGUGAGGACACCAGGUUGAGACGGAAAAUACUGUCGAAGCUGUCCAUGAUGGUCACCCAUUGUCAAAGAAAAAAGUGUUCGCCUUGGACAUAUGGGACAGUGUCAUCAUAUUGUAAAAAAAACAAAACUCAAGGGGAUGAUUGAGAAGUGGUCAUUUGUACAGGUCAUUGUUGGACAGGCAGCCAUUAGAGCAGAUUCAACUGUAUUUGAAAAAAGACUUAAAAACUAAGAAAAUCCUGCUCCCAGCUGGGUAUGAACCUAGAUCAUCUUCUUGUCUGUAGGAGCAAAAGACAAAUAGAGAGAAAAAAGGGUUAGGUACCUAGGAUCAGGCCUCCUUGUCAGCUGGAGUGGCUUUCUCUGUAUUAGGAGAAAACCUUAAUAUUUACCCACUUCUUCACUUGUGUAACUCGCCGUGAUUGAAAAUAAAAUAUAUAUGCAUUAUUCAAA